AUGGGAAACGGGAUGUGCUCUCGCAAGCAAAAGCGAAUCUUCCAGACGCUGCUGCUGCUAACCGUGGUGUUUGGAUUUCUCUACGGUGCAAUGCUGUACUACGAACUGCAGACACAGCUGCGGAAAGCCGAGGCAGUGGCUCUCAAGUACCAGCAACACCAGGAGUCCCUCUCCGCCCAGUUACAAGUUGUAUAUGAACACCGAUCAAGAUUAGAGAAAUCCCUGCAAAAGGAAAGACUUGAACAUAAGAAAGCCAAGGAAGAUUUCCUUGUUUAUAAGUUAGAAGCACAAGAAACACUAAAUAAAGGACGACAAGAUUCCAAUAGCAGAUACAGUGCACUGAAUGUACAACAUCAGAUGUUGAAAAGUCAACAUGAGGAGCUGAAGAAACAGCACACUGACUUGGAAGAGGAGCAUCGCAAACAGGGGGAAGACUUCAGUAGAACAUUCAAUGACCAUAAGCAGAAAUACUUGCAGCUUCAACAGGAGAAGGAACAAGAACUUUCCAAGCUAAAAGAAACGGUGUAUAAUUUGAGAGAAGAGAAUAGACAACUAAGGAAAGCACAUCAGGACAUUCAUACGCAGCUACAAGAUGUGAAGCAACAGCAUAAGAAUUUACUCUCCGAGCAUGAACAGCUUGUAGUGACUUUGGAAGACCACAAGAGUGCACUAGCCGCUGCACAGACUCAAGUUGCAGAAUAUAAACAACUGAAAGACACUCUGAAUAGGAUUCCAAGCUUUCGAAAACCUGAGCGAGUGGUGGAACAAACUAUUCCCCUGGUGGCACAUUCUCUACAAGGUUAUAACACAAAAGAGAAACCAACCAAAGAGCCACUGGAGGUGUCUCGAAAUAGUGAUGUGGGGCCGAGGCGUGAAGCAGUUCCUGGAAGACCAGAAGAAACUAAGCCUUAUCCUACCAUCCAGAAUGGGGCAGAAUUUCAAGCUCCAGCAGAGCUGAAGCAACAAAAUGCCAAACCCAGAGACUCAGAGCAGCAUCAGGUGGAGGAGGAGCACAGGAAGGCACUGGAAGAGGAGGAAAUGGAGCAGGUUGGGCAAGCGGAACAUCUUGAGGAGGAACACGAUCCAUCACCAGAGGAGCAGGAGCAGGAGUGGAAGGAACAUCAUGGACAAGAAGCAGCCAAUCUUCUGGAAAGGCACGCUCACGCUGAGGUGUAUCCUUCUGCCAAGCCAGUUACUAAAUUCCGAUCGCCAUUUGAGGAGCAGUUAGAACAGCAGAGACUGGCAGCAAAGCGGACGGAGGAGGCCCAGCGGCUGAGGGACCGUCAGGAAGCUUUGCAUCAGCAGAGGAUGCAGGAACAUCAGUUAUGGCAGAGACAGCAACAGCAGCAACAACAACAGCUUCGGGAAAGAGAGCUGGCCCGGGAGAAAGAGCUAACCCGGCAGAGGCAGGCGGAGCAGGAGGAGGAGGACCAACAGCAGCACCAGGAACAGCUACGACAGCAAGCUCACUAUGAUGCUAUGGAUAAUGACAUUGUUCAGGGAGCAGAGGACCAGGGGGUCCAAGAAGAGGAAGGAGCCUAUGACAGAGAUAACCAGCAUCAGGAUGAAGCAGAAGAAGACACAAAUAAUGGACAUGUACCUCAAGAACAAAGGCCCCAAGAAGCUAACCCAGAUUCUGAUGCAGAUAGAGCAGCUGUAGAGGAUAUAAACCCAGCCGAUGACCCUAAUAAUCAAGGUGAAGAUGAAUUUGAGGAAGCCCAACAAGUGAGAGAAGAAAACCUGCCAGAUGAAAAUGAGGAGCGUAAACAAAACAGUCAAAAGCAAGAGAAUGCAGAAAUGGAGGAACAUUUGGUGAUGGCAGGAAAUCCAGACCAGCAGGAAGAUAAUGUUGAUGAACAGUACCAGGAAGAGGGAGAAGAGGAGAUUCAGGAAGAUUUGACUGAAGAGAAAAAAAGGGAAUUGGAGCAUAAUGCUGAAGAGACCUAUGAUGGAAAUGCUGAUGAUAAAAACAACGAUGGAGAAGAACAAGUCCGAGAGGACAACCACCGCAAAGGCCAAGAGGAACACUAUGAGGAAGAGGAAGAGGAGGAAGAAGAUGGGGCUGCUGUUGCUGAAAAAUCACAUCGAAGAGCUGAAAUGUAG